UGAUGCUGAGAAGGAUAAACAGCCACUGGAAGUGUAUUUAACAUCUUACAUUUUCCAUCACCACUUGCUCAGCAGGCACAUCAAUCAAUCCAAGACGACACACAGGUUAUCAGUUACACCCCAAGAAAUACAAUAUUUGCAGAGUCAUCUACAAUCGGAAUAGUAACUUAGUGACCAAGGACACAGUUGCUAUGGUAAUAACUGUAAACAUUGGAAUUGCAGUACCCAUGCAGAACUAUGUGUUAACAGCAACAGAAAGAAAUGAAGCCUAAAGAACCCAACUUCUCAAAAGUAAAAGAAUGUCGAAACAGUCAGAAAAGACGGACUCUAAACUUUACAAAAGUGAGGAAGAUUCCACCAAGGCAUUUUAUAUUGAUUUCAAGAAAGUUGGCCAUCUCGACAUUACAGUUCUUUGCUCUAUAUGUCAUGAAGCAGUCCAUAUUAGACAACUUUUUCAUCAUAAACGAGCGCAUCAGGCACAAGCUGUAUUAGGUUAUCGGCAACCAUGGACUGAGAUACUAGAUCUAAACAAAUUAGCUCUUCAGCAAAAGAAGCUAAUUUUAGGAAUGAUAAAUACUCCUAAAUACACUGAAAAAAGAGCACACAAGAUUGGCUUUUCAUUUGAGUUUCUAAAGGAAAGCCUAAAAAUUACACCAUAUUUUUGCAUUGACAGUGUUGGGCAAAGUUCUGUACAUACUGAAGAAGUCAGAAACCCAGUUAUAAAAGCCAUAGCGAUUUGUCAAGACAGAAAUACUCUUUGGCAGGCAAACUUAGAAGACACAUUUGUUGUAUUAGACAAUUAUGGAAACAGGCCUGGAACAUGUUUUUUUGGACUCUUUGAUGGAAGCAAUGGCAUUUAUGCUGCAGAAACCACUUCAAUGGAGCUUCCCCUUUUAUUUCUUGGCCAGCUUUCUUGUAUAGAUUCCUCCUACCAAUUGAGUGAUGCUGAACAACAAGUACUAGAUUCAUUUCAUACUGUCUUUAGAGCAGAUUAUACUUUAAGAGAAAAAAUUUUCACCGCUAAGCCGAAGCAGACCAAAAGAUUUCAGCCAAAUGAUUACAAAUGGAUUCACAAGGCAUAUGCCAAGUCAUUUUGGCGAAUGGACAGACUAUUGCGACUUGGAAGAAAUGAAGUUUCCAGAAUUCGCUGGAGUAGCUGCUCAGCUACCACCUGUUUAGUGGAGAAGAUUAUCAGCGAGAAGCAACACCAACAAACUCAAGAUGGGGUAGAAACACGUCAAAGGAUAAGUGAGAAAAAUGAAAGGAACAUCAUGAAACAGGAGGAGCUGCCUGAAAAUGCAAGCACUGCAGAAGAAGAAAACACCACAGCACAGCAACAGGAAGUUCCACUUGUCAGUAACAUCGAGGAACAAAAGGAGACACUUGAAAAAAUAAAUGAAGAGGAAAAAACCAAUGCAGAGAAUAGUAAAUGUUUUAUCAAUAAUGAAGUCAGGCUCCAGGAAGACUGCCUGACAAACAGUGAUAAUUCUACACAGUCUGAAAAAGGUAGCACUGGAAUCAUGCAUAUUGCUAACAUUGGUAAUGCCCAUGUAGUUUUAUGCAAAAACGGGGAAAGCUAUUGGCUUACUAAAGAACAUUCCACUUACUCUACAAAAGAAAGGAGACGAGUUUUUCACAGAGGAGGACACAUCAGCUCCAAUGAACCCAAAGGAAUGGUAGAAGGAAUUAUUAGAACUACUCGUGGACUUGGCUCUCAUGGAAAUCCACAGUUAAAAAAAACUUUUAUUCCUGUCCCUCAUACAAUAUCCAUCCCAGUAGAUGAUUCAUGUCAAUUUCUUAUUUUAGCUUCUAAUGGACUUUGGGAAGUUCUAGAUAAAAAUGAAGUAGUGACAUUAGCAAUAAUUAUGUACUCUGCCUUUUUAGAAAAAUAUCAAUAUGCCCAGCUACAAAAGAGCAGAAUGGAUAAAAGUUCAAAACAAGAUAAGGAGGAGGAUUGUGAAGAAAUUUAUUUUUCAUGGUACUUGAAUCCGGAUUUUCUUUUUUCAGAGGGAGAUUUGGAAGAAGACAAUGCAGAACAGAAUAGUACAAAGAUAAGGUCACCAAUAAUCAGCGAUUCAGUGGAGGUAGAGAGAAUUCCAUCUGGGUUCUCAGCGGGCAGCUUGAAAGAGCAAAAAUUAAACAGCCCUCCCAAGAAAGCUGCUGAAUCCUGCAUACUUAAUAAGGAUACACCAUUUUCAGAAUACACAGAAACAACCUCAUCACACUCUGGCAGUCAAACCAGUUUUGAGGAAUUACAAGUGCUUGAUGCACACCAGGUAUCUGACACUGUUGAAUCAACUAACAAUCAAGCAUCAUCUCCCCAAACAGAAGAUGAAGAAACAGAUGCUACAACAUUUUAUGCCCAUGCAGCGAAAUAUAUUAGUAAGCAUCUUGUAAAAGCUGCCCUUCAAGCAGGUUCCCGAGAUAACAUUACUGUUCUGGUAACACUCUUAAAUGGAUGUGAUAAGAUACCCACUUAUCUUCAGUAUGCUUAUGAAGGUAGCCAUUAUGAAUUAUGA